AUGAAUGAUGUUGCCGUACAAGAACCGAUUUUAAAAUUAAAAUUUGCCCAAAAUCCAAUACAAGAGGUAAAACCCAUUGGAACUGAAUUUGGUUUUGAGAAUUUUGAAAUAAAAGAAAAUAAAGGAAAGUGUGGGGAAAUUGAGGAAAUUGGUGAAAAUAUUAAAGAAUGUUUUGGACAAGGAUCAAACGGUUUUCGAAUGUCUUUAAAUUCAGAUUUUUGGAGUGAUUAUUUUAAAAUGAGUAAAAAUGAAAAUCGAAUACACUUGAAAGAAAGUCUUGAAAUGUUAUCAAAAUAUAGGGUUAGUGGAACUGAAACUGGACAUUUACCCUUAGAACCGUCAGCAAAGUCAAAGGGUGUUAUGAAAGAAGAAUAUUAUGAAUUUAAUCCAAAAAAUAAAAAAUCUUUAAAACACCCAAAAGGUAUUGGUUCUUCUUCUUCUUCGAGUGGAGCAGCGGCAAGUGCUUGGUGGGGAAUGGAAAGAAAGGUUGAAUUGAAUGAAAGUGAUUUGAUUCUUUUUGAAAGUUGGAUAGUUCCAUUGAUAAAUGAAAUGAUGUGGAAUGAAUUCAGGGCAACAGAGGGGAGUUGGGAAUCUGAGGUAAUUUUCAAUUAUCAUGACUAG